ACCACACCUACAGUGCGUCUACAGACUGUUCCUGCAGCAACUGAAGGCACCUACAGUGCAAAUGUCAAACGCUUGACUUGAACCAAAAAGUGUUGCCUGCAAGAGGCAAAGCGCUGCGCGGUACCGCGGUUGAGUGCUCGCUCACGUUCAGACCGCCCGAGCUAGGCAGCCGCAGCUCCAUUACCGCUUCCCCAGCUACCCAGCUCCCUCGCCCUCUCCACCUCCAACCUCCACUCCCUCCGCCCAGCAUCCACUUGCAGCGCCCGCUCUCGACCGCUGCACUCUUGAAGCACUCCGCGCCGCAGCGAGUCUGCAGCGCCGCCCCCUCCUCCUUUUACCGACACCGACCGUCGCCAGCCGCCGCUUCAUCUGCCCGCCAUGGCUGCCACCACCAGUGCCCCCGUCACGCUCGACACGCCCAUCGUUAUCAAGGUGCUCUUCCGCGGCCAGCCCAGGCGAUUCAAGCUGCCGCUGAAGGACCUGGGGCCAAGUGUUCUUCCCGAGAAGCUCCGUGCCGGCCUCCAGAUCCGCGAUGACGAGCAGGUCGUCUUCGAGCGCUACUCCGACUCCGCCGCCGCGUACGUCACCCUCGACUCGAACGCGCCUACGGUCUACAAGACGCUCUUCCGCGCCGCAAAGGCAAAGCUCAAGCUCCGUCUGAGGGCCACCGUUCCCGCCGAGUCUAUCGAGCUCCCUGCGCCAGCUCCUCCAGCGCUUCCCCGUGCUGCUGUCCCGGACCCAUCCGUCUUCCGCCUGAACUCCGAGACCUUGGCUCCUCGGGUCGCUGCACCAGUCUCCCCAGUCAUCGCCCGCUCUCCCGAGGCACCCAAGCUCGAGGUUGUGAGCCCUGUCUCGCCCCUGAAGCCUGCAGAUGACGGGGAGGCACCUGUGCCCAAGCCGUUCACGACUCGUCAAGCCUUCUUCGAUAAGCUUGCAAAGGUCCCGCACCAUGCUCCGCUCGCAAACAAUGCGCUCACAUUCCGCCCCAAACCGGUAGCGGCAUGCACUGCCUGGGUUGUCUACUGCAACAACUGCAACCACCCUAUGGACGACGAGCACUUCCACUGCAGCGUCUGUGACAAUGGAGAUUACGACCUCUGCCUUGCUUGUGUAGACUCGGGCAUCCACUGCCCUGGAGAUGGCCACUGGAUGGUCAAGCGUUUCGUCAAGAACGGCAACGUUGUCAACAGCACCACCCAGCGUAUCCCACCCAAGGUCAAGAUCGCAGAGAAGGAGAUUCCCGGUGCUUUCACCGAUGCUUUCACUGAUGCUUUCACCGACGAGAAGCAGUCUGUCACGUGUGAGGACGAGGCGACUCGCACCUGCAACAGCUGCGUCAAGGUCCUUUCCGAGAAGGAGUUUGUCACAUGCACUGCCUGCGAGGACUACGAUCUGUGCCUGGACUGCCACACAGUCAACAAGCACGGCCAUCACCCCGGGCACGCCUUCAAGGGCGCCAACACAGAGACUUCUCUUUCCGCUCUGGGCAAUGCGCUCUGCAACCCCGGCCGUAACGCACGCCACAACGCAGUCUGCGAUGGAUGUGACAAGUUCAUCUAUGGUGUCCGUCACAAGUGCUUGAACUGCCCUGACUGGGACUACUGCUCGCAUUGCCUGCAAAGUGCUAAGCUUAUCCACCCUCGUCACCGCUUCGUGCCCAUAUACGAGCCUCUUACUGAGCCUCUCUCAAGCGGCUGCCGCCACUACGGUAUCUACUGCGAUGGUCCUCUCUGCAAGGACAAGGAGAACCUUUCUUACAUUGAGGGUACACGCUACAAGUGCGCUGUAUGCCACGAUACAGACUUCUGCCAGAACUGCGAGGCGCACCCUAGCAACAAGCACAACCACACCCACCCUCUCAUCAAGUUCAAGACCCCAGUUCGCAACGUCAGCGUUACUACUAUGGAUGAGAAGGUCAACAACUCUGUCACCGCCCUUGGGGAUCGUCGACCUGUAUUGAGGCGCUCGACGGCAACAGAGACUGCUCCUGUUGCUCCCUCCACAAACGCUGCAACCCAGGUCCAGACCAUUGUUGAUAUGAGGCCCUCGGCCGAGCCUGUCGAGAAGGAGAAGAUUGUCAUUCAGGAUCUCUUGUCUGAGCCUAUUCAGGAGAAGCCUGUCGUUGCGAAGCUCGAGAACCCAACCCAAACUCUUGACGCUCACUUCAUCCGUGACACCAUCAUCGACGGCUCCAAGAUCUGCGCUGGUCAGCAGUUCGUGCAAAUUUGGACAAUGCGCAACCCUGGCCCCAAUGCAUGGCCUGCUGGCUGCAGUGUUCGACACGUUGGUGGAGACAACAUGCUGAACAUCGACAACAAUCGUCCGUUGAGCCAAGCUGAGCUUGCCGAUGCCAGCGAGAGCAAUGUCAGUGGAGCUCCUGUUCAGGUCGGCGAGGAAGUCUCUUUCCGCAUCGUUAUGAGGGCACCUUUGCGUCAGGGCACCGCCAUCUCGUACUGGCGUCUCAAGACGACUGAUGGCACUCCGUUCGGCCACCGAUUGUGGUGCGACAUCCAGACCGUCGCCGCUCCCGCCCCAAUUCCCGCCCACGCCCCUGAGGUUACCGAGGCUUCUUCGUCGUCCCAGAUGUACGAGGUUCUUCUGCAGGCUAGAAUGGAGAAGAUGAAGUCCAUCCGCCAGUCGCAGGCGCAGCAGCUUGAGCAGCAGAAGAUGGAGCGUAUCCAGCAGGUCCGCAAGGCUGCCGUUGAGCGUCUGAUUGAGAACCGCCGCAGGGAGCACGCAGCUGCUCUUGCCAGCAUCCGACCACUUGCUAUCUCACAGCCAGAGGAACCAGCCAGGGAGCUGACGGCCGAGCUUCCCGUCGAGGAGAAGCAGGUCGAUCGCCAGCCCGCUGCUCAAGCUUCCGGCAUGAUCUUCCCUCAGCUUGACAAGGAGUCGCCCGAGUCCAGCACAUAUGAGACAUCUACUGCUCAGCCAGAGUCUCCAGUAUCAGAGAAGAGCACUAUCGCUCGUACUGUCACUGUUGUCUCCGACGAGGAGUUCUUUGAAGACGCUGAAAGUGUUGCCCUUCACUCCGAUGAUGAGGGCUUCAUGACCGAUGAGGAGUACGACAUCCUCGAUGCCAGCGAUGAGGAGACACAGUAAGCGCUCGUUUCAAGUCAAGCGGCUUAGCAAUGUGCCUUUAGGUAUUUACAUGUCACGGAUCUCGGGCUCUUUUGGCGUUGCAAUUGGUUAUUAGCGACAACGCUCCUUUGUGAAGGCGCAGAGCGAACUUCAACACACCCCGACGGGAACGCUAUCAUAAGGCGCUACAAGGCACCCCCGAAGGACAUGGUGCUAUCUGGUUACUUUUCAGUAGGCGCUCUCCUCUUCACUCUCCUAUAUCGUAGUAUGAAUCCAACAUGAUUUUUCUUGAAC